AUGUCAGCUGCAGUAGUACUUCCACUCUCACCUGAAUCUGUUUUCAACACUCCGGACUUUCAAGCAGCCAUUCACGACACACCAGAAUUUCGUGCAAAUAUCCGAAAAGUUGAAGAGCAAGUAGAUCAUUUUGAGAAAUGGUUAGAUGGAUUUUGGAAAGCCUUAAGACAUUACGUUGACGAAUCUUCUAAAUUAACUGAUGCAAGUAGUAAUCUAGUCAAGCGCGCUUUGCAUUCUUCAGUUGAGGAUUCAAUAUUAGAUCGAGAUUUUACAUUUCCCACCGUAAGAGUCCUUGCUGACACGUUCCAAACCACAUUAGCAUUUAAAGCGAAAUUGGUUAAUGAUAUAGAAGAGAGAUUGAUACAACCACUAGCUGCUUUUAUAAAAAAUGAUUUAAAGGAUUUCAAAGAAUCACGGAGAGCAUUUGAUAAAGCCUUAGAAAAAUAUGAUAACACGCUAACAAAAUAUACAUCACAAUCAAAAACUAAAGAGGCUAGUGCCCUGCGAGAGGAUGCGUUCCAACUUUUUGAAAUAAGAAAAACAUACAUACGUACCGCGCUAGAUUAUACAUUGAAGAUUAUUCAGUUUAGAACAGCAGCAGAUCAUUUAAUUAUGGAAAUUUUUCUGGGCGGCACAUAUGCACACCUAGAUUUCUACAAUGCAAAUGCGAUGAUAUACUCAGGUUCUGAGAAUCAAAUGAAUAUAUUAAAGAGUUGGUUAUGGGAGAGUAAAAAAUGCAGUGAAUUGCAGAUACCAGUAAUCAUGGAUACGAAGAAGAAGCUAGAAGAUGAAGCAAUAAACAUGAAUAAACCUCAGCGAACAUUAACAACAUACAAAGAUAACACCACAAACGCCAUAUCCAUCCAUCCCGUAUCAGAGCCUUUGCAAAAUAAUUCUUCAUCUUCCGUAAAAACCGAUAACAGACCAUUUAAACAAGGCUAUUUGUUUAUGAAGCCACUAAACGGGAAAGGAUCCUGGUCACGAAAAUAUUUUUCUUUACAGGAUGGGAUAUUUUGGUGGGCGUCUGCAGGACAUGGAAAGCAACGUUCUACUGUAGAAGAGAGCGAAAAGAUAGGAGUUUUACUUUGCGAAGUGAAAGUUGAUACUUUGCAAGAUCGAAGAUUUUGUUUCGAGAUUGUUUGCGGGGCAAAAUCAACGUCGUGGGUACUUCAGGCAGAAACAGAAUCGGAGCUCAAAGACUGGAUUACAAGUUUUGAGUCAGCUAAGCGUCAUGCCUUUAGUUCUUCGAGCGAUCUAACAUCUUCUGCUGCCGCAGCAGUAAGUUCGCACAAAGAAUCUAGAGACGACACAAAUCAAUCUGCUACUGAAGAAGGUGAACAAUCCAAUGAUGAUUCCGCAUCCCUUCCUAAAUAUAAUGCCGAAAACUCGCAAAAUACCACAUUGGAAUUACCCACUUCAGAAUCUAGGCGAAACUCCGUCAAUAAUAUAAGUAAAAGGCAUUCGUUAUCUACAUUAUCCACCACGGCUCCAGCUUCACGACCAUUAUCGCAUCAUAGCAACUCAUUACCUCCGAAGAGCCAAGGUUCAACAAUUGCCAAUAAUAGCAAUAAUGGUAUUAAUGGGAAUCAACUCGUUACGCCGCUAAAUCAGUUAGCAGGCGGAGUUAACGAAAGGACCUCAUCUUCUUCAGCACCAUCUAAUCAACAGAAUUUCUGGGGUAGCAUUCAGUGGGGUAUAAUGCCAGCGAUGAAUGCGUUGAUCAAUAGCGUUAAUGGAUCGGAGGGGGAUGGGGAUGAGGAUGGUGAGAAUUUGGGAGAAAAAAGGAAAGGUAAAAAAAACCGAUCACGUAGCGGGAGUGGACCUGUUGGAUCUGGAAUUGACGGGUCAAUAGCAGAAUAUCCGCAAACAUUGCUGUUACACAAUUCGCAACUUCACCGAUUAUUUAAAAGCAUGCCAGAGAAAGAAUUUUUGCUGGAUGUGUAUCAAUGCGGGUUGAUAAAGGAAGAUAAUUUGUUCAGAGGUCGCGUGUAUUUCACGCAGGAUCGACUUUAUUUUUAUUCAAUGGUGAUGGGCGUUUUUAAUACGUUUUGUAUUCCAUGGCGGGAAAUAAAAUCCGUGAUGCUUGAGGCGACAAACCCUCAACAAACCGUGGUGAUUUCCGAUGAGAACGGUAAAAAGUACACUAUUAAAGUUUUCUUGGAUAACAGUAGAUCGUUCUAUGAUAAAGUACAUUUAGUUUGGAAACUUGCCACAGAUGAAAAAGUUAAAUCAUUGCAGAGUAUAUACGAUGCGUUAUGGAAGCCCAAUACAUCACCGUGUUUAAAUGAGUCUUCUGAAAGAUACAGCGAAAAGUUGACCGUCAAACAAAGUGAGAUCGAGACACCUCACGACGAAGCAUUAUCAUCAGGAAAAUAUACACACGAGCUGGGGGCUCAAUCGGAGACUGGCAGUAUGCACAACAAGGGUUAUAAUACUGGUGUAAACGAUGGCGGAACAUUUAGUAGAAUUAAUCGUGAAGAGAGUGGUAUUUCACCUGAAAACGAGGAAUUGCAGAAUAAUCAGUGGGAAGCUAGUUAUUUGGUGGCACCCAAACCUGAGCCAUUUGCGAUCCACCUGAAAGAAGAUGAGGAAUAUCCGUCGGAAAUAAACCUUCCGGAGAGCCCUAUUUCAUGUGAAUGUUUUGAUCAUCUUGACGAAUCAAAAGUGAUUGUUGAAUAUCCGAUACCAGCUCGAAAACUGUAUCAAAUUUUAUUUGACGAGAAUAAUUCAUUAUGGGAGCGAAUGUAUCAGAAAGAGAGACUUACCUUGCAGCAUGUUGGUUCUUGGGUGAUGGGUGUUGACGGUGUGAAACAACGGGAAUUCAGACUUAUUAUGCCAAUCAAUAGUUCUGCUUCAAAAUCAAAGGAAACAAAGGAAACCGAAUUAAUUGAGACGCACACAUUUCAGAGAUGUGAUGAUUAUAUACGAUAUGUUGUGUUGGUCCAAACCAAACCGUUGCACAACAAUUCACUUAUUUCAAUGUCCAAAUGGUGCAUUACAUACGAGACUAAAACUUCGUGUAAAUUGGCAUGUCAUAUUGGUAUAAAACCGGUAAAAGGGACAAUAUCCAGAGCAGCGCGGAAAGCAGCAUUAUCUAGAUUAUCCGACACCGUGUCAGACAUCAUAGAAUUACUAAACGUGGAUGUUGCACGUGGAAAAUCUAAAGGGUUUUCAAAUUCACCAACGCGAUCGACUACCACGCUUCGACGUCGGGCGCAUAAUUAUCGUCAACACAAGAAUCGUAACCAUUCCACGGUUAAACAUACAGUUAGCGGUGAAGAAAGCAUUACUGGCAGUGCAGGGUCGAUAAACAGAACACAGGAAUCUAAUGUUACUGCACAUUUAAUACCAUCGGAUGAUAGUAAAUAUACCGGAACAUUUUCCACGAUUCUAAUGAACCCAAUGUUGAAUAUGAGUUUGCGUGGAUUAUUAUUUGCGAUUUUAGUUGUAUUGUUUGCAACGAAUAUCUCUUCGUUUAUGUACAGUAAAAAUUAUAGCAAAUUUUCCGAGUCUUCCACAAAAGUUGUCCCAUCGGUCCCCGCAGUAUAUAUUCGUGAUUUGGAAGAACAAGUGUUCAAUAUAAGCAACGAAAAAGUAUUGUAUAGUGUUGUGGAUCCUGAGAGCUACAGUCAAUUUUUGGAUACGCGGACUGAAUACCCACCCUACCCAUGGUUACUCUACUCUAGCCGACGAUUAUCUGAAGAGAUAAAAUACGCUCGUAAGAGGGUGGCCGUGAUAAGAUAUGAUUUGUUAUCGACAUUUAGGCAGAUAAAUUCUAUCGACAGGAGAUUAAUAGAACGUGAAUAUGUUAACUGGUUACUGGAUGAGCGGGCGAAAUGUAGUAAGGCGAAGUGGAUGUUUCUGAAGGAUGAUAUAUUAAAUGAGGAUGAGAACUCGGAGAUUCAUGAUAAAGUCAUUGAAAGGGAGGGAAUUGAGGGUUGCAUUGAAGACGAGAAUGGAGUUUAUACUUGCGAAAAUGGCGAGAAUUACAAUGAAAAAGCAAACGAGGGUAUUAACAUGAAACGUAGAGUCGAGUAUAAAUCUAUAUUGAAGUACUGCGAGAAUGUUAAAAGACAGUUGAGCACAUUUAGCAAUAUUUUCUAG